AUGACCGCAUCUGCUUCUGCACUGGUGGGGGCUGCGGCUCCCGCGCAAGAGAGUCUCAUGCAGCGCCUGUGGCCUGUGCUCCGCAUGGUCUGCAUCUACUACGCCGUCACGUCCGUCAUUAACGUGUUCGUCCCAAAGCAGCAGGAGUCCCAUCUCAUCAACGACCCGACGAUCGGCCCGAAUGCGGACAACUCAAUUAGUGGCCCCUCCAAAGUGCAACUGUUGACGAACGCGUUUCACUUGGGCGACGCGUUGAACUUGAGAGUGUAUGUCACGCCCGACGCUCAGUUUGCAUUUGCCGACAAGGGCGACAAGGCGGCGGUCGCGCGCGAGCAAGAGACGCUGCGAUGGGUGCAAGACGCGCUCACGUACGACACGACGCCCAACCCGCAGCGGGGCGACGGGAUGUGGGUGCACCACGUUAACGUCACGGUCGACGACCACUUGCUGGCCAAUGGCUCGCUCUACGCGCACGUCUUCUUGACGCAGGACGACCACUCCCCCAACCCGACAGACGGGACGUACGACGCCAUGAGCUGCCUCCACCGCACGAUCGCACUCACGGCCUUCCGCCCGCCGCCAAAGCGGAUCGAGAAGCGCCGUUUGCUAGCGACACAAGAGGAGGAGGAGGCAGAGCAGCAGCUGCCGCUUGAUGCGGACGUGUACGUGUCCAUGUGGAAACCGUCUUUUUACAUCAAUGUGGUCGUGGACCACACGACGUACUCGACGCGUCACCCGCCGCAGCCGUUCAUGGCGACUGCGAUGACCGUCGACGAGGCUGCUGGAGUGUACUCGCCAGUGCUGUUUCUGAACGAGUUUUGGCUGCUGGACGAGCAUCUGAUCGCGGUGAACGACACGGUGACGACGUUGCCGCUCGAGUUGUCAUUCUACCCGCUGCCCGUGUACAAGUACGCGCUGUAUACGCAGAUGGAGCAGAACUUUCGCAACCAGGAAGCUACUGGCGCGUCGUCGAGACGUGACACGGAUAACAUGAAGAGCAUGUUUAUCGAAACGAAUCCGUACCUACUGGCCGUGACGAUGGUAGUGUCGCUGCUGCACUCGCUGUUUGAUUUCCUCGCGUUCAAGAACGACGUGAGUUUCUGGAAGAAUCAAAAGUCGCUCGCGGGCUUGUCGCUGCGGAGUAUCGGGUUGAGUACGUUCUUCCAGCUCGUGAUCUUUUUGUACUUGAUGGACAAUGACACGUCGUGGCUCAUCCUUGUGCAGUCGGGGGUCGGCCUUGUCAUUGAAGUGUGGAAAAUCAAAAAAGCGCUCGUGUUCUCGCGCGACGCUGACAAUAAACUCGUUGUCUCGGGCGUCCAGAGCUACGAGAGUUCCCCUACUGCUGAACACGAUCGCGUGGCUAUAGCUCAUCUGUCGUAUAUUCUGUGGCCGCUGGUCGCCGGGCAAGCUGCAUACACGCUAGUGUAUGGUGUACACAAGAGCUGGUACUCGUGGGUGGUUUCGAGCCUCACGAGCUUUGUGUAUGCGUUCGGGUUCAUCAUGAUGACGCCUCAGCUGUACAUCAACUACAAGCUCAAGUCGGUGGCACACUUGCCUUGGCGCGCUAUGGUGUACAAGUCACUGAAUACGUUCAUCGACGACUUGUUUGCCUUUGUGAUCAAGAUGCCGUGGAUGCAUCGUCUGAGCUGCUUCCGUGACGACCUGAUCUUUUUCAUCUACCUAUAUCAGCGCUGGAAGUACCCGGUAGAUGCUAAGCGCACGAACGAGUUUGGCCAGGGUCCUAUUGACGACGAAGUCGCGUCCAACGCCAUUGAAGGUGCUACAGAGUCCGACCCGGAAUCGGAGACCGAUGCCCCUCCAGAGUCGAUUGCCGCCGCUGUAGACGAAACAGAGGACAUCCCGCCUCCCCCGUCUACCCCUCCGUCGACAGAGUAUCUCAUGUCCAGACGUGCCAAUACACUUCAGGAAGGGACAAGUCGAACGGAAUAA